AUGGCCGCAAUCGCCCAGGACCCCAAGUACGACCACUACGACUUCCCCACCGUUUCCAACACCAACCAGAGCGGACACCCCGGCCACACCACACCCGAGCAGGAUGCCCAAGUUCACCAGCUCCGUGCUGCCCUCGAGCAGGCCGGCUUCCACGAGCGCCUCGACACCUUGACCAUGCUCCGUUUCCUCCGCGCCAGAAAGUUCAACGUCGAGCAUGCUAAGCAGAUGUAUGUCGCAUCAAAUGCCAGCGGGCGCAUCGCAGCUAACACAGAUGCCACAGGUNUCGUUGACUGCGAGAAGUGGAGAAAGGAGUUCGGUGGCGGUGUCGACCACCUGCUGCAGACCUUCGAGUACAAGGAGAAGACCGAGGUCUUCAAGUACUACCCUCAGUACUACCACAAGACUGACAAGCUCGGCAAGAUCAACCUCACCGCCAUGUACAAGAUCACCUCCGAAGACCGCAUGUUGCAGAACCUGGUUGUCGAGUACGAGAAGGUCGCCGACCCUCGUCUUCCCGCCUGCUCGCGCAAGUCCGGCCAUCUCCUCGAAACCUCUUGCACCAUCAUGGACCUUAAGGGUGUCGGUCUCACCAACGUUAGCAGCGUUUACGGAUACGUGCAAAAGGCCUCAGCCAUCUCCCAAAACUACUACCCCGAGCGCAUGGGCAAGCUCUACCUGAUCAACGCUCCCUGGGGAUUCUCCUCGGUCUUCAGCAUGGUCAAGAAGUUCCUCGACCCCGUCACCGUCGCAAAGAUCCACGUUCUCGGCAGCGGCUACGAAAGGGAACUGCUCGCUCAGAUCCCUAAGGAGAAUCUGCCCAAGCAGUUCGGCGGAUCUUGCCAGUGCCCGGGCGGCUGUGAGCUGUCCGACGCCGGCCCCUGGCAAGACUCGCAGUGGGUCAAGCCCGCUGCCUGGGAGAAGAAGUCUGGCGACAACGUCAUCGAGAAUGCUGAUGCCUCUGUCAGCCACGGCCUUCCUGGCGACGCUCCUGCUGGCCUCACUGCCGGCACUGCCCCUCAGGGACACACUCACGGCGUUCCCGCCCCUCAAUAA